UCUGCUGGACCAGCUCACCAGGCAGCAGAUCGUCCAGGUCUCCGAUACCGAGGCCGCCCAGUUGAUCCAGCAGAGCCAGCUGGUUAAAACCAUCCCGGUCCAUAACACGGCCCUGGACCCGAGCCAGCUGCAGCAGGUCAUCAACCAGGUCACCAAGUCUCAGCAGCAGGUCCACGUCCAGGUCCCCCAGCAGACCGUGAAGCAGAAGGUCCAGGUCUCCCAGCAGACUCUGAAGCAGCAGAAGCAGGUCCAGGUUCCCCAGCAGAACUUAAAGUCCGGCUCCCAGAACAACGCCUCCCAGCAGCUAAAGAGUGUCGCUCAGCAGGUCGCCAUGCAGACCGGGAGCUCGGUGCAGGUGGUCCAGAAGAAGUCGGAGCCCGUCAGGAUCCAGAUCCAGGUGCCCCCCAAAAAGGAAGUGAAGUCCGUGUCGGCCCUCCAGCAGAAGAGCGUAUCGGUCAAUAAUCCGCAGGUGAAGCUUUCGGCCAAUGGCAGCGCUCAGAUCAUCCACAUCCAGCCUGUGGUUGGUCAGUCGGGUCAGCAGUUCUUCCUGCAGCAGAACCCGGGGGACCCCCCCAUCCAGCUGCUGCUGCAGAGCCCCGCCCCUGUUGUCGGAUCUCUGCUCCCAUUGGUCCACAAGCUGGGAGGCCAAACAACAUCAGCAUGCACCAGUUCAAGCCCGAGUCAGAAACCUGCAAGGUCCCCCAUCAGAGUCCAGACCCCCUCCAUCGUCAAGACCCCGCCUUCCUCCGUCCCGCUAAUUAAAACCCCUGCUAACGGUACCAUCACAGUUGCCAGUAAGAGUCCAGGUAAACCACCUGCAGUCACACCUGCUGUUACCCAACCCGCCACAGUAGCCCCUCCCCCAGCAGUGAAGGACAGAGACAGGGAGAAAGAGAAGAAGGCGAAGAAGAAAGAGAAGAGGGCAGCGAAGGUCCAGACCAGAUCUGGUCGAGUCUCCAGACCACCAAAGUACAAAGCCAAAGACUACAAGUUCAUAAAGACAGAGGACCUGGCGGAUAGCCACCAGUCCGACUCCGACGACUACUCCGAUAUGAGCGUGGAGGAGGAGGAUGGUGGGAGGAAGGAUGGCCCCGCCCCCGGCGUCUCUCUCACCUACAGCCACAAGUCCCGGUCCCACCGCUGCCAGACCUGUGACAAGGCCUACAUUGGUCUCGGAGGCCUGAACCGGCACUACAAACUGAACCCAACUCACGGAGAGCCGGAUCCGCCCGACAACGCACCACACCCCCUCAGAGACGACAGCCAAUCACAGGAGACCAAAACAGGAGCUGUCAGAGAGGAGGAGGAGGAGGAGGAGGAGGAGAUGGAGGACAAACUUGUUGACACGGCAUCAAACAGAGUGGAGGGGGGUCCAGCAUCAGCUGUAGGACUCAGGGGCCUCCAUCCACGUGGCCCCGGCAGGCCCCGAGGGCGAGGAAGGGGGCGUGGACGGGGACGGGGGCGGGGACGAUCACUGGGACCGCUUCCUAAAGUGACGGUGGGCCUUGUCAGUAGGCGGGGCCGUCGCGGCCGACCUCCUAAGCUUGCCGUCACCAUGGUUACCGCAGAGCAGCAGGUGGAGACGAGACGAGACAGACUGCAGGAGCUGGUGGAGCAGUGUGAGGAUGAGGAGCUCAUGGACAUUGUACUUCCUCGUUUGACCAAAGUGUUGAGUCUCUGGGAGGUGCUUUUGGCAAAGGUGGAGGGCUGCAGUCCGGCUCGGACUCGGUUUCCAGACAUUUACCGUGAGUUUGAGUCCCUGCAGGCGCAAGUGAGACAGGCGGCUCAGGAUUACAUCAUCAGCCCGCAGGGCGGAGUGAUGCCUCUGGAGGUCAGGAACAUAGAGGUCGCCAGGUCUCUGGGAAUCCUGGACGAGGUGAACAGGAUGAAGGUGGUUCCUGGAGCGUCUCCGGGCUCCAGUCUGACCAAUAAGAACGUCCGAUACAUGGAGAAUUCCAAGAUGCUGCCGCCUUCAAAGAGAUUUAAGAUGGAGAACAGCGUUCCAAUUCACCAGAAUGGCAUCGAGACACACCGACCAGGUGGGACUGCAGUCACCCCUGUGGCCCCUGUGGCUCCUGUGGCUCCUGGUACCUCCUCUCUGAAGCCCUGCUCGGUCUCCGUCUCUCCUCUGGUGAUUCCAGCCGGAUCCAAACUGCUGACCACCAGUGCAGACCCUGCCUCCAGCUCCAUGCCCUUCACCCAGGCUCCGCCCUCUGCGAUGCCAAUGGAGGUGGCCCUACAUGAGGACCAGGGGAUGGGGCCUCUGCAUACCAACGUCCAGGUGAAGUCUUUGCAGACAAACCAGGACCAGGUUUUGAGCACCAGUGACAUCACAGCCCAAAUGAAGGAGAUUGAGAAAGCUCUGGGUUCAAGUACUGAGACUAACACAGACUCAAAGGAACCUGAUUCCAGCGCCACCCAGACACCCGAGUCUGUGCAGACUGUGGCUUCCUCUCAGCUCCAGCAGGGGUCCAAAGAGCUCCAGGAGGGUCAAGAGAUCUACAUCCAGACCGAGGGCCUGACGGUCCAGCUGGCAGAGCCCGGUGCAGACCGGAUUGUGAUUGUCAACGGGCCUGACGGGACCACCAUGCACAUCCAGACCCCAGAGGGGGUCCCAUUGGAGGCGGUCCAGGCCCUGCUGGGCAUCGAGGCUUCAGACGGAGCCAAAGCUCCUCAGUGAACCCUGUACUGAAUCUUGACUGAUUUCGACUGAGCAAAACCAGAAUCUGACCUGAACCUCAUCACACUGACAGGGAGGGGCUGGAUCUUUUUAGGUGGUAUUUAUAAAGUGUAUAACUGUGGGUGUAGUGAACACAGCAGCCUGAAGGGGGCACUAACAGACCGCAGACUGCUGGUUUGGGGUUUCAAGGGUUUCUGUGUGCUCCACCCUGUUGAAUAUGUUUCAGUGUUACACCUGAGGACAAACAGGACCAACGGUUCCUCUAAUCUCAGACCUGGGUCGUUCUUUCUUCAUCAGACACAACAAAGAUCUGCCAACAAAGAGCUGCCGUCUCUCCAAUUUACAUUUUAUUUUGUGAUGGUCAUAUGUAAUAUUUAAAGAUUUCUACAGAUAACCUGAUCAAUAAAUCCUGACCUCAGCUCAACAGAUUCAACAUCUAAAUACGAGCGAUAUUAUUUAAUGGAGAGAUGAUGAGGGAACCAGUUUGUGACGACGUAGUGUGAAUUCUAGGUCGUAUUCCUAGUUUCAGUUCAGCUCCUCUGUUGACGGGUUGGUUCCGUUCUCACCUGUGAUGAUGUCAGCAGCCUGAUCCUCCUGCUGGUUUUUAAGGAAUCUGAAGUGAUUGUAAAUUUGUAAACUAGUUUUUUUGCCCCAGUGUUUCAGUUCUUGAACUUGUUCAUUUCAAAAUAGAAACUGAUUAGUUGACUGUUUAUAUGUAGGAUAUGAAAGUCUAAAAAAAGUUGCACUAUUUUAUUACUUUUUUAUAAAACAAACAUUUCCAAAUGUAAACUGGACGUUUGUACUUGUUUGGAGAAUCGACAUGAUGGACUGUAAUUGGAGGAAAUGGAACUGAAUUGAUGGUGUUGAUUGUUGCUGAAUGCAUUAAACACAUUUCAAGUUCCUCCAAUAAACUGAUGUGACAAACCCAACUCUGUGCUCUGGUUUGUGAAGUUUAUUGAAUGUCACCGGAUAAUAACGAUGUGUUUGAAGAUGAUGUCUCUUGGAGCUGGACAGACCUUGUAAACCCCAAAUUGUAGAGAUGGUGAACUGAGGACAUCUGGUUGAGGACUCUCUCCCUGCGAGGUCUUCAACUCUCAGCUCUGGAACAAUUUCUCUUGGAUCCAGGAGGAGGCUGGCGACAUGGAAGACGAGUGGGCAACGUUCAGAGCCUCCAUGUGGAAGCUGCUGCUGGUAGCUGUGUUCGGUGAAGGUCGAAGCUGCAACCACAGAACUCGCUGGUGGACAGAAGGGUCUCCAGAAACAGAAGACCGGUACCGGUUGGCCAGAAGGGCUGCAGCUGUGGAGGUCGCCGAGGCCAAGGCCCCGGUGGGGGAGGAGUCCGGGAGACCAUCGAAUAGGAACCUCCGGUUGGCCUCAAGAAAGUUCUGAUAAGCCGUGAGAGGACUCGGAAAAGGAAAGCAGGGCCCUAAGCUUGUCCGCUCUGGGCUGCAGUAGAAACAUGGCGGACUCCGUAGAAGAAGAUCCACUCUAUGUCGAUACACAGAUUCUUAGUCUCACUAAUGAAAAUACAGUUAUGAAUAAUAUAUUCAGUUUCUGCCAGUUAAUCCCCCUAAAUGUUACACACUGUUCCUUUGAUUAGUUUAUUUAAAUGAGUUACUUCAAUUAGUUGAAUUAAGUUGGUUUGACUAGGUUUCAUUCAUUAGUUUAGUUUAAUGUAGAUUAGUAGUUUUGAUUUAGUGAGUUAUAAGAUCUUUACCGUCCUUCAGUUCUCAGAGCGAUCUGCUGACGGCAGUGGAUGAGUCUUCAUCACCUUCACCUUCAUCACCUUUGUUGCAGCAGACAGGUGGAGCUUCAGAGCUGCAAGCAACUACCAGGGUAUCACACCGCUCAGCCUCCCUGGGAAACUUUAUUCCAGGGACAUCCAAAGGAGGCUCUGAGCGACUGUCAAACCUCAGAUGCAUGAGGAGCAAUGCAGAAUCCGUCCUUGACUCGGUUCCUGUGCAUGUUGUCUUUUGUCACCAAGCCCGUUUGUGAUUUUCAUGGACAGGAUUUCAUAGAGCAGCUGGUGGACGAGGGUGUCCCGAAUUGCAUCCCUGCUUUUUGCAGAUGAUGAGGUUCGAUUGGCUCCUUCAGAACUCUGAGGCCAUGGUUCUCUAUCAGAAAUCAUGGGAAGUCUUUGUUCUGGACCGCUGCUCUCAAUCUACAAGUCACUCUAAGUGUUGACCCUCAGCUAAGGGCCUGAGCUUUGGGUAGUGACCUUUAUAUCUCGUCUGGCCCGGUAACACCUUGGGGUCCACCAAGAGGAGCUGAAGAGCGUUGAUGGGGAGAGGGAUGUCUGGAACCACCUCCUAAGCCUGCAGCCCCUUCGACCCGACCCGACCCGGAGAAGCAGAAUCAUUGGAUGGAUUAUGAACUGAAGUACGUCAUUAAAUUGUCUGAGUCGAUGUCAGC